CACACACAAAAACACACCCCACACUCGAUCAAUUCAAAACCCCAAUAUUUUUAAAGUAGUGAGAAAGCACCAAACUGUUAAGCCAUUGAUUUCUUUGCGUUUGAAAUGCGGAGUGACUAAAAAUGGCCGAAACAUCAACCUCUGAUAAACCCCCAAUUCAAAAACUAGGGCUUGGUCUUUUGAUCCCCGACGCGGCGCCGUUUGAUCCAACCACCACCGCCGCCGAUGAUCAGCCGAAUGCCUCCGAUUCUGUGAGUGAUCCACCACCGCAGGCUGCGGCGAAGGCGGUGAAUGUGAUGGAUGAGGAAAUUUCAACCACCUCUGAGGAAGCGGAAUUAGAAUUAGGGAUUUCCCUUGAGAAAGAGCUUUUUCAGCUUGCCAUUUUUCAGGCUGAAAUGGAGGCCGCCUCCAUGAGAUUAGAGGCCAUUGACGCUGAGGAGGAGGAAGAGAACGGUUUUCGAACAGUGGAAACUGAAAAUUUUGAUGAAGGGGAGAAUGGGAAAGAUUCAGAGAGGGUUGAAGAAGCGAACGAGGGUUACGAUGAGGGGAAUGCGAUGAAAAUGGCGGAAAUUGAUUAUCUUGUUGAAGAAAAUAACGAAAACGAUGCAGAGAUUUUUGAAGAAGAAAAUGAGAAUGGGGGUAGUGAGAAUGAUAGGGAGGAGGUAGGGUUUGGAGAAGGGGUAGAAAAGUUAGCUAGGCCUAAUCAUAGUCUUAACCGAAGGAAGAUUAACUAUCCAACUCGGCCCGAUGCGGAGGAUUGUGCAUUCUAUAUGAAGUUCGGGUCUUGUAAAUUCGGAACAAAUUGCAAGUUCAAUCACCCGCCUCGGAGAAAAUAUCAAGGUGUUAAAGAGAGAGCUAAUCACAGGGAAGAAAACUCCGAAAAGGCAGGGCAGACUGAAUGCAAGUAUCACUUUACAUCGGUGGGUUGCAGAUAUGGGAAGGAUUGUAAAUACUCUCACGGUCCAAUGAAAAGCUCCACAUUCCACAACCCAGCAUUUAACUUUCUAGGACUGCCGAUUCGACCCGGAGAAAAAGAGUGUCCGUACUACUUACGCACUGGGUCAUGCAAGUAUGGGUCGAACUGCAGGUUUCAUCAUCCCGAACCUAAAACAGUGCCUGUAGGUGGCGGGUCCCCUUCUGGAUAUGACAAUGGCUCUUCAUGGUCUUCGCCGAGGGCAUUAACUAACACUUCUCCAUUUGUACCUGUAAUGUUUCCUUUGAAUCAAGGCACUUCUACUCCUAAUCAAGAAUGGAACAACGGGUAUCAGGGUACGACCUACCCGACAUCUGAGAGGAGCCUACCUACACCUCCAGCUUUUGCCAUUAACAAUCUACCAACUGAGAUUAACUUCCCAAUGCCACAACAACAUGGUAUGGCAGUCGAAGAAUAUCCAGAACGUCCCGGUGAACCCGAGUGCAGUUUCUUCAUAAAAACCGGUGACUGCAAAUUCAAGUUCAACUGCAAAUUUAACCAUCCCAAGAAUCGCAACCCCAGACCCAACUCUUUUUCACUCAAUGACCAAGGCCUGCCCCUUCGACCUGAUCAGCCCAUAUGUACACACUAUCAUCGGUACGGAAUUUGCAAGUAUGGACCUGCUUGCAAAUAUGACCAUUCCAUGGGACCAUCUCCGCCUCCUUUUGUUCAGCCACCAGCAUUCGAUCGGGGUCAAAUAUUGGGAGCAUUCGAUCGGGGUCGAAUAUCGGGGCUCAGGAAAUGAAAGCAAAGCUAAAAACUCAUUUUUUUUUUUUUUUUUUUUUU